UCCUUCUGUCCGACUCUCUGCACUCUCUUAUGCCUGAGGCGAAGCAGGGCGACCGUUGCGAAGUCUUUGUCUAUUGCUUAUGAUGCUGAAGGCCCUUCAUUUGCAGGCACAAACUCCAACUAAAGUUGCUUAGGAAAGAGCUGCCUUCUCCCGCCACUUUAAGCAGUUGUUUGCAAAAGUUGCCGGUUGAUUGGGGGAAGAACUAGCAAGACUGUCAAGUUUUCCGGGAUUGGAUGAGCUACCUCCAGUAGUAGUGACAGACGUGUGAGGCAGUGAGACCCCUUCAGCCAUGCCGCCACCUGCAGACAUUGUCAAGGUGGCCAUUGAGUGGCCAGGGGCUUUCCCCAAGCUCAUGGAGAUAGACCAGAAAAAGCCUCUCUCCGCCAUCAUUAAAGAAGUGUGUGAAGGGUGGUCCUUGGGGAACCAUGAAAACUUUGCUCUACAGAUUGCUGAUGCCACAAAUUUCUACAUCACAGAAAAGAAUCGCAACAACAUUAAGAACGGAUCAAUCCUGCGCUUGACCACUUCUCCUUACCAGACUGCAGUCCAGCUUCAUGAACGGAUCCAGUCGUCCAGCAUGGAUGCCAAGCUGGAGUCUCUGAAGGACCUGGCCAACGCGUCAAGGGACAUCACUUUCGCCCAAGAGUUCAUCAACCUAGAUGGCAUCUCCCUGCUCACUCAGAUGGUGGAAAGUGGGACUGAACGCUAUCAGAAACUACAGAAGAUAAUGAAGCCCUGUUUUGGCGACCUGCUGUCCUUCACUCUGACAGCCUUUGUGGAGCUGAUGGACCACGGCAUUGUCUCCUGGGACACUUUCUCUGUGGCCUUCAUCAAGAAGAUCGCCAGCUAUGUGAACAAGUCGGCCAUGGACACCGCAGUGCUGCAGCGGUCCCUGGCCAUCCUGGAGUCCAUGGUGCUCAACAGUCAGGAUCUUUACCACAAGGUGGCACAAGAGAUCACCAUCGGGCAGCUCAUCCCACAUCUUCAAGGGACUGAUCAAGACAUUCAGACCUACACUAUUGCUGUCAUCAAUGCUUUAUUCCUCAAAGCUCCUGAGGAGAAGAGACAGUUUGAUGAGCACAUUGUGGACAUCCUAAAUAGACCCCUGACAGAGAUGGCCCAUAUUCUUGCCCAGAAACAGCUGCGCUCCAUCAUUCUCAGUAACGUGAUCCGGAGCCCCACACCCAUUAACGAUGAGAUGGCCCACCAGUUGUACGUCCUGCAGGUGCUCACCUUUAACCUGCUGGAGGACCGUAUGAUGACAAAGAUGGAUCCCCAAGACCAGGCUCAGAGGGACAUCAUCUUUGAGCUGCGGAGAAUUGCCUUUGACGUGGAGUGUGAGCCCAACAACAGUGGCAGCAUCGAGAAACGCAAAUCCAUGUACACCCGGGACUACAAGAAGCUUGGCUUCAUUAACCAUGUGAAUCCAGCUGUGGAUUUCACCCAGAUUCCUCCGGGCAUGCUGGCUCUGGAUAACAUGUUGUAUUUUGCCAGACACCACCAGGACGCCUACAUCAGGAUCGUCCUGGAGAACAGCAGUCGAGAAGACAAGCACGAGUGUCCGUUUGGCCGCAGCAGCAUCGAGCUGACCAAGAUGCUCUGUGAGAUUCUCAAAGUGGGCGAGCUUCCGAGUGAAAACUGCCACGACUUCCACCCUAUGUUCUUCACCCAUGAUCGAUCCUUUGAAGAAUUCUUUUGCAUCUGCAUCCAGCUGCUCAACAAAACCUGGAAGGAGAUGAGGGCCACAAGUGAAGACUUCAACAAGGUAAUGCAGGUGGUGAGGGAGCAGAUAAUGCGAGCGCUGACUCUUAAGCCUAAUUCUCUGGACCAGUUCAAGAGUCGCCUACAGAACCUGAGCUACACAGAGAUCCUGAAGAUACGCCAGUCCGAAAGGAUGAAUCAGGAAGACUUCCAGUCCCGCCCUAUCCUGGAGCUGAGAGAGAAGAUCCAGCCCGAGAUCAUGGAGUUGAUCAAACAGCAAAGGCUUAACAGGUUGUGUGAUGGAACCUGCUUCAGGAAAAUCAGUAGUCGCAGGAGGCAAGAUAAGUUUUGGUAUUGCCGUCUUUCUCCGAACCAUAAAGUCCUGCACUACGGAGAUUUGGAAGAGAGCCCUCAGGGCGAAGUGCCCCACGACUCUUUACAGGACAAACUGCCUGUGGCUGAUAUCAAAGCUGUUAUCACCGGCAAAGACUGUCCUCACAUGAAGGAGAAGGGAGCCCUGAAGCAAAACAAGGAGGUGUUAGAGCUGGCCUUCUCUGUCCUCUAUGAGUCGGACGAGUAUUUAAACUUUAUUGCUCCUGACAAGCAAGAGUACUGCGUGUGGACAGACGGUCUAAAUGCUCUCCUGGGUAAGGAGAUGACCAGCGAUUACACCAAAUCUGACAUGGACACCCUGCUCUCCAUGGAGAUGAAGCUCCGCCUCUUGGAUCUAGAGAACAUCCAGAUUCCCGAGGCCCCACCCCCGAUUCCCAAAGAACCUAGCAACUAUGACUUUGUUUACGACUGUAAUUAGACGAACAACCCCACAGGCCCAAACCCAAACCCACCCAGCACCUACUGUUCUCACUGGACCAGUCCCCUUUUCUUAUAAACUGGAACAAAAAACUAAUAAAACCAUAUGAUGUAAACAGUGAACUGUGAUUGAACGAAAAAGGAUUUAGUAAACUAUUUUCUUUUUGCUUCCCACUCGGCCUUUAAAAGAGGGAACAUGGUGCAUAUUAAUAGACUUACUGCACAAGGGGGGGACUCAAGUUCGUUGCAGUCAUCAGGUUGUCAUGAAGACAAGAAACCAGGAAGUAUUUGUUGGGCCUGUCGUUGGGCAUUGUGCGUCUUUUUCCUCAUUCUCCUUCUGUGUCUGAUGUUUGAGACAUUCACUUCUUCUUCUCGACCAAGGCGCCCUCUGUCUUUUUGCGUGAAGAUUGUUGUAGAAAAAUGCUUAGAUAUUCAGCUUCCUUGUUGUCUUUUUUUAUGUAUACUUUAUUGUUUUUCCUCAGGUCUUCUGUGGGGGAAGGAAUGAUGGUUGUGUAGUUCAGGAACAGGGAGGGACGGGGUUUUGUGUUUUGCCUUCCCCUUCCCAGCAGUAUUUCCUGUCACAUUCUUACUUACAGUAUUUGUGGCAGCUAAAUGUUUUCUAAGAGGCUGAAAGGAAGGUUGAAGGACAUUUGAAGAUGAAUACUUCUUGAAAAUAGUCUCUUAUAUCCGCUUUGUCCUGAUAUACAUAUACUGAAGACUGUUAGAAUAAGUUGUUCCUCAAAACCAAGGCACUGUACUCCAGUACAAAGCCUUUCUUUUAAAUAUUUUAAUGUUACUAUCCCACUGCUGCUUAUUGCGUAUUGUAUACACCUACACAGUGGCUUUGCCAAAACAACCAUAAAAGCCCCACUAUUGUAAACACACACUCGUCUCUCCCUCAUUUGAGUCUCUCUCAUUGUAAUAACUGCUGUACACAACAUUCCUAAGCAAUAUUUUGAGCUUUUAUUUUAUUCAUUUGUAAGAUGGUCAUAAUUUAGGCAUUUUAAAAUUGUGAAACUACCUAGUAGUAGGUAUUACAAAUAAGAUGUUAAUGUUUUGGUUAAGGGAAUUUGUCUUUUUGUGUGUUGGGGAAUAUGGCCACAAAAUUAAAAGUCUAUGUAUUUUUUUAAUUUAAAAACAGAUCAUGGUUGUUAUUUCUAGUAUGAUUUAUAUAUGUUCCCUUUCCUAUUUAAUACCUUCAAAUGUUUUACUUUAGGAUUUUUCAAAGCCCCUCAAAACUGCUGUUUACAUUAAAGAUUUAAGAACUGUAACUACUU